AUGGCCCAGUCCGUGGUCCCUGGAAAGAGGCCGGAUGAGCCAUCAGUCUCUACAUACUCUUCGACAUGCGCACAGGAUCAUCUCCGGCCAUUCCAACCCGUCACCACUGCCCCGCUGGAACCCCGCGGAGCCGACCAGCCCACGGCAACGUAUCUCCAGAAUAACCAAGACCUCUCCGACUCGACGACACUCCAGAAACAGAACGGAUCGGCGCACCCGCAUAGUAACGGCAACGGCAAUGCAUCAUCUACUCCUGCACAGUCCGAUGAAGAAGAGAUCCCCGCGCUGCCGACGGUGAUUGCGCGCAUUCACGCCCGCGUUCAGGCCUUCCUCGAGGAGUCACACCCACCAAACUCCCUCCUCGCCUCGGUCCAGCAACAAACCCGCAUCUCACUCGACGUCGUCACCAAAGCUCUCACUCAAUACAAGUUCUCCGAGCUCUCGGUCUCCUACAAUGGCGGCAAGGACUGCUUGGUUAUGCUCAUCCUCUUCCUGGCGGGCCUACACCCGCAUCUGAGCGCGGCGCAGUCCAACCAACCCACCACACAGUCUGAAAGUGUCACCUCUACCUCCAAUGCAAAUGAGGAGAAUGCCUCUUCCAUCUCCGAGAUCCCUGCCAUCUACGCCCUCCCACCAGACCCCUUCCCCGCCGUUGAAGACUUCGUCGUCACCUCCGCGCAGGCCUACCAUCUCCAAAUCACAAAAUACACCACCGCUCCACCCGCCACAACCCUCCGCUCCAGCUUCGAAGACUACCUAUCCCGCCACCCAAGUAUCCGCGCAAUCUUCGUCGGUACACGGCGUACGGAUCCGCACGGCGCGAAACUGACGCACUUCGACCGGACCGACCAAGGAUGGCCCGAUUUCAUGCGCGUGCAUCCAGUCAUUGACUGGCAUUAUGCAGAGAUUUGGGCCUUCAUUCGCCAUCUGGAUCUUGCUUAUUGCUGCCUUUACGAUAUGGGAUAUACAAGUUUGGGGGGUACCUCGGAUACGCAUCCGAACCCGAAAUUGCGGCGGGCUAGCGAGACCGGGGACGGCAGUGUUGCCGAGGCCGAGGGAGAUGGGGGUUAUUUACCAGCUUACGAGCUCACCCAAGAUCUGGAGGAGCGACUGGGACGCAAUUGA